AUGACCAUGGUCGAGACGAGCCCCGCACCCACCGUCACAGCUCCACCCGGCUCUGGCGGUCGUCUCUCCACCGACACUGCCCACUCUCAUCGACGUCAUCGCCGAUUCUCCCUUGGAUUCCACCACAAACACCACGACGCGUUUGGAAACCCUCUGCCACGCAGGCGUCACCACUUUGGCAAGCCCAAAAUGUCGGGAUUCAAAGAGCACUUCAUGGCGGGUCUUGGAGAAUUCAUCGGCACUACCAUGUUCCUUUUCCUCGCUGAAGGAGGCGCCAAGACAGCCCAACUCUCGACCUCGGCUGCUCAGAGUCAGACGGCUACACCGCUCAGCAACGAGACGAUCAUGUUCAUCGCUCUGUCGUUCGGAAUGUCGCUGCUGGUGACGGCGUGGAUGUUCUACCGCGUCACGGGUGGACUGUUCAACCCUGCCAUCACGGUUGCGCUGUGGUGGGUGGGUGUGUUGACUUCGCGUCGUGCUGUGGUGCUGUUCUUGUCGCAGAUCUUGGGUGGUAUCGCCGGUGCCGCGCUUGUGCUGGGUCUGACGCCUACUAACAGCGUCAACCAGGUGACGACGACUUUGCAGCCAGGGAUCAACAUCACACAAGGGUUCUUGAUCGAGAUGCUCCUCACAUCGAUUCUCGUCUUUUCGGUUCUGAUGCUUGCUGUCGAGAAGCACCGUGCUACCUACUUGGCACCGGUUGGCAUCGGGCUGACUUUGCUGGCAGCCCAUCUCUUUGGUGCCGUAUGGACUGGCUGUGGUAUGAAUCCUGCUCGAUCGUUCGGUCCUGCCGUGGUAGCUGGCCAGUUCAACUCUGACCACUGGAUCUACUGGAUCGCACCCCUUGUCGGAGGAUUCCUCGCUGUAGCCUACUUCUCCUUCCUCAAGCUGCUCAAGUACAACUCUGUCGUCAUGGACCAAGACUCGGACAAGGAGAUCACCGGUCUCAAGCCUAUGCACACUCGUCUCUGGAACCUGGUGCGACACGGCCAGAACCCGAGCGCACUCAACCCCGAGAGUUCGACCCACUACGACACGAAGGCCAGGGAGACCUUUGACAAGGAAGAGAAGGCAGCUUUCGAGGAGAGGGAGCAGAUGCGAAAAGGCAUGAUGGACCGACCCGUCUUCGAAGGUCACGCCAACGAUGCACUAACGGGCAAGCUGGGUACCAGCAACAACACAGAGGUGCUGUCCACUGGUUCUGGAAGCACUGCCAUGCACUCCAACGGCGGUGCUCAUGGUCCUAUCCUGCCCAAGUGA